AUGGCUGUACUAGCAGCACAACGACAACAAGAUCAUCUUGCCUCUCCUCCUGAGGCUCGGGCCAGUGACUACACGUCGUCACCAAUUGCGCCCAAGCGAGUCGCCUCGCGAGGUCGGCACGCGCUUGCUUCUGCCUUCGAGGAAGCUAAACAGUCAUUUGGUGCUGCGUCGUCGACGUCACCCCACACAACCAUCAUGGAGCGACGUGGCCGUAGCAACAGUAACAGCGCCUUUGCUGCCGCCAGAUCUGUCUUCGAGCGACCCGCAGUGCCCAUGAGGAACAGCUCCUCAGAUCCAGACCUCGAGGCUGCCUCUUCCCCGAAUGCUGACGCUUCAAGCGAUCCCGAAGAUGAGUCGAGGGAAGAGUACGUGGUCGCAUUACAUGACUUUGCGUCGAGUAACGCCACGUGUCUGUCCUUCGCUGCUGGACAAGUCAUCAAGGUGUUCAAUAGAGACACUUCGGGGUGGUGGGACGGCGAGCUUGACGGCCAACGAGGAUGGUUUCCCAGCAACUAUGUGGACGAGGAAGGGAUCGGGUUCGGAAGUCCAGAAGCAAGCGAUAUGCGCCUGGAGCUUGCUGGAGAUGGUGAGCGUGACACAUCGCAACCAUACAAUGGUCGUGGUCUCGGCCUGUCGGUGCAAACACAGCAAGUCAAUAAGCAGCGCCCUGGUGUGGUGUCGGCAGGCAUGCCCCAUCACCCUUCGAGGUCACCCACACCCACCGCUCAAGAAUUCCUUGCUUCAAGCGCUAGCUCUGGUAUCCUUGAGCCUAUACUACACGCGAUCGCUCUAUUGCACAACGCAGUGCGCGCCAACAGGGUUGCGCACUUUCAGCCUUCGACGGCAUGCGUCAUCUCGUCUGUGCGCUCCGUGCUCUCCGCCACGGACUGCUUGACGCGAGAGUCGCACGUCCUGAAGUCCCAUCCUAUUUUGGCAAGGGAGCGCAAACACAUCCUCUCCGAGCUGAGCAAGCUCGUCACUCAGGCACGGAAAGCCUCGGCUCCUAUGCCGCGGGAAGAGGGUCGCGCGCAAGAGAUGGAUGACAUGCUGAGCAUGGCGGAUGCGGUGCUGCGCCAUGUGCGAAGCUUUUUGGAGGUUGCCGUCGAAUGCGGCGUCAACGUGCCUGACAGGCGCUCGUCGGUAGUCGGAGAUCGCAAUCGUGUGUCAGCUGACGCUCCACAUGCCGGCGAGCAGAGAUCCAUGUUGGGUGUUGACCGUGGAGAAGCGGACAAGACGCCCACCCCAGAGUCUCCCAGAAGCUCGGCGUACCAGACGGCCUACACCUCGGGGCAGAUGUCUCCUCGCAGCACGCGGUUUCUGGAUCUGCGCGACCGUGCUGAAUAUCCAUUCGACGACGCCGCAGCUGCCGUUAUGGUGGCCAAGCAUACAGGCAGCGAGCCUAUGACACAAGCUGCGCGCAUCAAGGCGCAAGCUCAAGCGCGCCGUCGGUCUGACUCCUUGACCUCCGAACCUCAAGAACAUAGUUCAGGCUCUGGCUCGGCAUCGGACUCUGGUUCAGGCUCUAAGCCGACGUCGCGGUCAGGAUCCACUGAUUCUUUGAGCGAUGCUCCGCCUCCAUCGAGCGUCAUCUGCUCCGCAUCCGAGGUUUUACAACGCCUUGGAGUAGCCAACGACCAUUUACUCUCAAUCACAGCUGCCUUCAUCGGCCACGUGCACAGCCACACACGGGACAGCCACGCGUCAAGCUUCGCUCACCUCAUUGAUAUGACACGAGAAGCAGUUGAUGCAGUUCGUGAUCUGUUGAUAGUUGUGGAGGCGGUCCACAACAGCGGCGAGCUGCAGUCUACGCUGCCGCGACAAACUACGAUUCUGUUCCAAACCAGAGAAAGGCUAUACGAGGCGACGACAGCACUCGUAUCGGCCGCGAGGGUAAUCACUUCGAAUCCCUCUGCCCAAGCAGCAGCUUCUGCUGCCCUUUCUGAUGCGAACGAGGACGAGGAGAAAUCGCGACUGUUGUCAGCAGCCACCGCUGUUCUCAGGACGGGUGGCGAAUGCGUCGGUGCAGUGCGUUUAUGUCUGAACCACGCAGACUCCGCAUUGCGCUUCACACUGCCAGGGGAUGGCAGGUCGACACAACGGCACGGAUCAGGGGACUCGAGCAUGUCUGCUGACUCGGCAGAGCCCUUGACUCCUGAUGAAGCUGCUGGGGAAGACGCUCUGUUGGCCGCUGGUACUGUGCGCAGAGGCAAGCACACUCUAUCGUUCCUGGGUCGCAAGGCGACCAGCCUGAGCUGCCUUCGUGAGAAAUACGAACAGAGUGGCUACGUUCGAGGCUUUGGACACAUAGCUGAGGGUCACUCAGACGAUGAUGAUGACUUUGCAGAAAGCGAAGAAAACGCUACCGCGAGGCAGCAGUAUCAUGCCCCUCAACGAGAAGUUCGAGGAGAAGCCGAUGCGUCGCCGCAGUCGACGGUGAUGCCAGACUCGGACCUACCUAGGUCGUCCUUGUCAGAACGACGAGGAGCGCCAGCUCUGCAGCAACUCGGCCCAGGAAUGCGUCGCCCUAUGCACGCUCCACAGGUAGUAGCCACGCCAGCUCUCACACAGUACGUGCCAAGUAGUCACCCGCAGAUUUCGUCUGCGAACCAUGGCACCGACCCACAAGGAGGAGAUGGCAGCGACCACAGCGAAACGAUGUCUAGGCAGCAUUCCAGAGCCUCCGGUUCCACCUUGUACUCGGCCAGAUCAGACACUACUGGAGCAACAUCAGCUCGUCCCUCCAUGGAUCAAAAUAACGGCGCAGAUGAGCACGCGAAUGUCCCACUCACAGCACCCGUCGGCGGCACGUUCCGGGAGGCUCACAACAAGCAUCUCGCAGGUGUGACUGACUCCCGACGUGGUAGCGAUUCCUCCGAGGUGCUGCAUCUUCAGCCCACCCGCAGUCGUGGUGAGAGCUUGAGCGAGCCCUCCCCUCUUGGCUUGUCGCCUUUGACGCCGAGCGUCAUGUCGACUUUUGAGGCAGCGUCUCCCAUCCAACUGAAGUUCAUGUCGCCAGACUAUCUUCCCAGCGACGUCUGCUACAACUCAGAAGGGCAACUGACCGGCGCAACCCUGCCCGCGUUGGUGGAGAAGAUGACUCCACACGACACCACCGUUGACGCAGCACUCUCGAAUGCCUUCUUUUUGUGCUUCCGUCUCUUCACGACGCCGAUGCAGCUGUUCGACGUGUUGGAAGCUCGUUACAACAUGCGCCCGCCUCAGGAGGUGGAAGUCAGUGCCGAAGAGCUCGUCAAGUGGACCGAUCAGAAGGUCAUGCCAGUUCGCCUGCGAAUCUUCAACUUCUUCAAGACUUGGCUCGAGACGUAUUGGCAUUCUGCCACGGAUCAUGUGAUUCUCGAACGCCUCGUCGAAUUCACACGCACCUCGAUGGCCCACUCUUUGCACCGACCAGGUCAGCGUCUGGCUGACCUGGCACAAAAACGCAUCAUCUCUGGUCCAACAAAGAAGGUGAUGGCCCAAGUCUCUGGCACCGCCACCGCCGCAGGAGUGAGCAACGCCAACGGCAUCGCGCCAACUGUCGCUUCGAAACCAGGCGCUUUGAAACGCAUGAUUUCCACGGACCGACUGCGAAAUGGCAGUCUGCCCCCGGGCAUGGUCGAACCGUCGAACAUGUACGGUUCGGCUGCCUUCACGAACAAGAAGGGACCGAUGCCCCCGCAACCGAUCAUGUCAAAGGCGCUCUUAUCUGCUCUUCGAGCCUCGCCUCAGCCGCCAAUCAGCAUUACGGAGUUUGAUCCAACGGAGCUCGCCAGACAAUUGACGAUUCUUGAAUCCAAGAUCUACUGCGCCAUUCUUCCGGAAGAGCUUCUCGGUCAAGAGUUCAGCAAAGCGGCUGGGGUGAGCAGUGCCAUCCACGUGAAGAACAUGAGCUCUUUGAGCACGUCAAUUACAGGGUGGAUCUCCGAGUGUAUUCUGAACGAGGGAGAUGCGCGCAAACGGACUCAGUUGGUCAAAUUCUUCAUCAAGCUCGGCGAUGUGAGUGGCGACGGUGUAGCGUGUCGAGCGAAGCGCCGAAACUAACUCUAUUUUGUCUAUCCCAUCAACAGCGUUGUCUCGCAUUGAGUAACUUCAACACCCUUAUGGCAAUCCAGUGCGCCCUCAACUCUUCGACCAUUGCUCGACUGAAGCGCACGUGGGAUGGCUUGACUGCCAAAUACCGUGUCAUGAUGGAAGAGCAACGCCGCACUGUUGAGCACACUCGCAAUUUUGCGGGCUAUCGCGCACGUCUACGAGCAACGGCCGCACCAGCGCUGCCUUUUGUCGGUCUUUUCCUUACCGACUUGACUUUCUGUCAUGAAGGCAACCCUGCAACGCGACCGUCACCACAAGAUCCGCAAAAGCGGUUGCUCAAUUUCGACAAGUACGUCAAGAUGAGCCGCAUCAUCGGAGACCUGCAAAGGUUCCAGUUGCCUUACACCCUCCUCGAGGUGCAAGAAUGCCAGUCCUAUCUCAAUAAGGUUCUGGCUAGCGUCCAACAGGCUGGCGCAGGUGGAGCGGAAGACCUGUACCGACGCAGUCUACUGUUGGAACCGCGCUCCAAGACCGGCGAGCCUUCUCCUGCCACCGUUGCUAGUAGAAGCGGUGGCAGUGGUGCCGACGGGGGCAAAUUGGGCUUGGACAUCUUCAACUGGAAGUGA